AUGCCCGCACAAAUGAUCCAAAACCCUUCGGCUCUUAUUGGAAAUGUUCUGGCACUCGAUGGAAACUCGGUUGGUUUUCCGGCCUGGCGCACCCGUUUGGAGGAACUGUUUGCUAUACAAGGUGUCCACGAUAUUGUUACUGGCAAGCUUGUUAGACCGGAAGCCGACUCCAAGGAUAAGGAUUCCAAGCCAAUCACUCAAGGCUCUCAGUGUGUCUAUUACGCCGAGGAAUCGGGGUCCGACUGGGAUUCCCUUUCUGACGUUGCUUGGGCAACUCUUAAAAUGACACUCUCCAUUGAUCUUGCUAUACAAUACAAAGAAGUCAAACCGGUCAGCGUUCUAUUCAAAACUAUCUGCAAUGCGUACGAGAAAAAUACCCGGGCGAGACGAAUGAUGCUACAGGAUACCUUCUGGAGCGCUCGCCAUUAUCCCAAUCAACCGAUUGCCAAAUGGAUCGCCAAGGUCUGUAACGCUGCCUCGGACCUAAAGUCAGUCAAGCUCACCCCCGCCGAUCAGCAAAUCUGUGAUCGCUUGCUUCGUGGUCUGGACAAUUCCUGGAAACCGAUCCGCGAUCAUUUGGUAUAUUCACCAAGCGAAAUCUCACUCGACGACGCUAUUGGGGCACUCGAGGCCUACAAGGUCUCUACUCAAGUCUCGUUCAAUAACCCUCAGGAAAUGUACGCAGCCCCUGCAGUUGUGAAGAAGAAAAAGACCCCCGGAUGCUGGACGUGUGGAGAAUUUGGACAUCACUCAUCCGCCUGUCCAAACCCACCUCUCAAAAACAAGUCAAAGGCAAGGGCUAACAUGGUUGAAGCGCGUGCCGGCGCUACGUCAACGGUCCCUCUCGGUGACGGCGGCCCUAGAAAUGAUGAAGAAGACGAUUUUGAUCCGGAAAUUGACGUCUGUUGGGGAUGA